GGAAAGAGAGAGAGGGAGUGAUAGAGUGUACGUGUGUGUGUCCGGGAUUUCGCUGUAAUCAUGUUCGGAGAGUAUUGAUUUCGUGAGCGCACUCCAAUUGGCAGCAUCUCUACUAUACAGCGCCGGCGCGUCAUCCUCGGCUCACAUCGACGGAACGAGUUGUAAGCAAAUGAGAACAUGUGUGGCAUCUGAGAGAGUGAGAAAAGGCAACGGACUGAUAGAAGGGAAGCAAGGGGAGGUGUGAGAAAAACCCAUUUUUUAUCGUCUUGACAACUGGAUAGGAGAUUUGAUUGCCGGGCAAUUUUUUCUCUCCUUUAUAUUUUUCAGACAGGAAAAUUAUCGAUUCGUCACAUGCGCACGCCUCUUCAUUAUAAUUGCAGACAGUUGGGUGCUGUUCAGGCUGAAUGGACUUGAAUGUGUCGCUGCCAGCCUAAUCCGUGCAGACUGGAAGAUUUAAUAAUUCACGGUAAUCACGCAUUAUCGCCUCAGUGGAUGCUCUCUACACAGCCCUGGUGAUUUUUCCCUCCCUCUUUCCUGAUUCUUCCUGUUGUCUUCUGGAGGAUUUAUCGACGGCUGCUUUGCGCCUUAUCUCGAAUAUCAUCUGUUGCUGCAACUGGAUUGUAAAGCCCACAUGACUGACUCAGACACGUUUGAGAUUUAGUGUAUUAAGGUGAUAUUGAUUGCUAAAAAGGAAGCAUUGUAAUCUUUUGAUAAUCAACUCCAGUUAAAAUGGACAAGGAAUUAUUAUUACUUUUAUUACUUCUUUUAUCUCUUCACGCGAUGCUGUGAUUUUUGCUUAUGUCCAUCAUGAUUGUCCUACUCUUCUGAAUUGGCUCCUAUUGAUUCUGACUGAGCUUAAUAGGCACAUUACAGCAAAUUCCCUGGUGAAGUGGUGCUGAAGAUAGUUUUCCUCUUUGCCUCUUCAUUUUUGAUUUAUUCCAUUUUCAACAGCAGGAUAAAUGUUGAUGAUGGAAGACGACGAAUUAGACGCUCAUCAGGUUGAUUCGGAUUUCGAGCCGCAAAGCCGGCCUCGCUCAUGCACAUGGCCGCUGCCUUGCCCAGAGGAUUUCCCCGGUGGACACGAGGUGAGUGGGGGUCUUCCACUGGCCAACAUCAAGGUUGAACCUGAGGACGUCCCGGCUUGCAGAGCCAGCCUGGUGGGCGGAACGCCCGGAGAGCUGAAGCAUCCAGCCGGGGCCCCGGCUCCAACAGGCACGACGCACCCAUGCUUGGCUGGCGCGGCUCUCGACGUGACCGGUUCCUUGCGCAAAGCCAAAUCCUCACGGCGGAACGCGUGGGGGAACCAGUCCUACGCGGAUCUCAUUACCCGCGCCAUUGAGAGCACCCCAGAAAAGAGGCUCACGCUGUCUCAGAUAUACGACUGGAUGGUCCGUUAUGUACCCUAUUUCAAGGAUAAGGGCGACAGUAACAGCUCAGCUGGCUGGAAGAAUUCCAUUCGACACAACCUUUCCCUACACACACGCUUUAUCCGGGUUCAGAAUGAGGGAACAGGGAAGAGUUCCUGGUGGAUGCUCAACCCAGAUGGAGGGAAGAUGGGCAAGGCUCCACGGCGACGAGCAGUCUCUAUGGACAACAGCACCAAAUACCUAAAAAGCAAAGGCCGCAUCAGAGGCAAAAGGGUAGGCCGUCCAGGGACUGGAGCAGGGUCCUCUGUGGUGGGGCUCCAGAGCUCCCCAGACCAUGGUAGCCCCUCACGUAAAGGCCUUCCAGCUACUGCAGGUGCAUCUGGGACAGAUGGAGAGUUUGAUGCUUGGACAGAUCUCCAUUCCAGGGCUAGCUCUUCAGCCUCCACUUUGAGUGGACGUUUGUCACCCAUCCUCGCAGAGGGGGAACCAGAGGAACCAGAGGAGGGCGGCCUGUCCUGUUCUACCUCCCCUCACCUCUACCCCUCACCAACUAGUGCCCGCUCUCCAUCUAUGGGUGCAGGGAACCACUGUCCCCCACUUGAGCAGCUGCCUCAGCUGGCUAAACUAACAGGUGCCAUCAGUUUGGAUGAACAGAUGAUGGAGGAUGGCUAUCAUCAUCAUCAGCCACAGCAGCAGCAGCAGCAUCCAGCUGUUGGCAGACACAAGCACCAAACCCCUGUGUAUCACUAUAACUCUGCAAUGAAAGGGCAGGGUUCCUAUGGUUCUGCAGUCUAUGGUGCAACUGGCAUGGGUAUGCUACGCCAUCACUCACCCAUGCAGACAAUUCAGGAGAACAAACCAGCCAGCUUCUCUGGAACCAUGCGGGCAUACUCCAGUACAAAUGCGCUGCAGAGUCUACUCACAGGUGGUUCUGCUGGGCAACAAUACUGUUCCAAGGACAUGAUGUUGGGACAGGACAGAGAAGCUCAUUCUAUGAUGGCUCAAGCUAGUAAUGGUGUAGGAUCCAACCAUCAUAGCCACCAUCCUGUCCACCACAAUGGGCACAGACACAAUGGACCUCAUAGCCAUAACAGAACUCAUAGCCAUACUCCUAGUCAUAAUCACAACAAUGUAACCAACCACAACUCACCUCACAGCCUCUCUCACAAUGGUCACAACCUCAGCCGGAGCCAUAACCACACACCGCCCCAGGCUGCAGCACUUACCCCACGUGGGAGCAACAAUCAGUUACAGGUCUACAACCAUAAAGCUCCCUACUUGUACAGCCCCCCUUCACAUGCCCACUUACCUGCUUCUACCACCCUUCCCCCAAACCCUGCAGGUAUGCUCGGCAUGCCUCAAGACUCCUGCCACGUGGCCACCACCCCUCAUCCUCGACACAAUCAUUACCCAGACUCACAACACCAAGGCAUGACUAAUGGACUAUACCACCCUGGCCAGGGGAUGGGUAAUUGUACUGUUGGGAGUAACUACCAUGGCUAUCACCAGCCUCACCCCCAUGAGAGACUACCAGCUGACCUUGACAUUGAUAUGUUCCAUGGUAGCUUGGACUGUGAUGUGGAGUCCAUCCUCCUCCAUGACAUAAUGGACUCUGGGGAGGAGAUGGACUUUAACUUUGACUGCUCCCUGGCCCAAGGGGUGGGCAUCGGCAUGGGUAUGGGAAUGGGUGUGACUAUGGGUAUGGGAAUGAAUGGUCUGGCUGGUCCACAGCAAACCCAUAGCAACCAGAGCUGGGUGCCUGGUUGAAGUCAAGAACAACAUAUCUUAUCCUCAGAUAGGACUACCCACCCAUGAUAACUGUGCUCAACUGUGACAUUCCUGACUUGACACAAAGGCUAUAGGACCAACACUCCCAUGUCUAUUUGUCGUCUAUAUAAAUUCCUCUGUCGCCCUCCCUCUUUUGAUCCCCGUCUCUACAAGAGAUCUAGUUCAUGUGAGAUUAAUUUUUUUUCUCAUGUCAGCUGUACUGUGAUGACAAUCUCUCAGCUGUGCUUGCCCAACAUCUUCUCAUCUACCAUGAGAACUGAACUCUGAAUGCACUUUAUUGCAAGUGGGUCAUAUCUCACGGUGCGAUGCCUUCACAGAGCAGCUCAGGCAGAGCUUGACAUAUUUUGUAAGGUGGCUGUAGCAUUAGACAUGAACAAAUGAGGAAAUCAAACGUUCGCCAAUAAAAGUGUCAGAUCUAGGAAUUACAUCCAAAUUUUAUUAAUUUUUGGGGGGGGAUUAGUUUUUCCUGUGUAGAGAUUUUGUUAUUAUUAUUAUUAUUAUUAUUUAUUAUUUUUUUUUUUAUUAAAAUAAUUUCUAAAUUGCUUGGGAUUAGGUAUUUGAUAUAAAACUUAGUCAUAGUCUCUUCCUUAUUUUAGAGUAACUAAGUUCAAAUUAUAAAUUGAUAUAGUACUUUCUGUUUAACACAGAUUACACUGUAUUUAUGCCAUAUAUUUAAAUUGGACUCAAGAUUGACCAGUUUACCACUUGAUAAAUAAAUAAAUUUGCAUAUUCAUAAGUUCCAAUUAAUUAUCUUUUAUUGGCCUUGUUAUUUAUAGCUUCCUGCAUUCAGUCCUUGGCGCUUUGACUUUUCUCUUGGAUGUUACAUUCUGUUAAUGCCCCUUUGCCAUUAGUUUAGAAAAUAUUGUCAUCAUGCCAUUAAAUAGAUGCUAUCAUUAGUGGCCAGCAUGCAAUUUGGUGAAUUAAAAUGUCAUAUCACCUUGUCUCACCUGUGCUUCUUGUACCAGUUUGUCUCCCCCUCUUUGUCUGCCAGGGGGGACAAAGUGACCAUUCCUCACACCAAGCCAUUAAUGUGGCUUGAUUGAAAUUCAGCAUCUUGCUUUUAAUCUCCAAAGUGAUGCAGCAGCAAUGUGUCAUUAUUAAGGAUGUAAAGUGUUGUCCUCCCUUCUCUCACCCCGGCUGUCCUAGCCAUUGCUCACCUCUCCAACAUAAUGCGCCAAACUCAAUGAGACAAAAUGGUGAUUAACACCAAGUCACUCUGCCUGUCGUCCUGCCUUGAGAAGGGGGCCAAUGUCACUGUCCACUUGCCCGCUCUAAGAGGUUAAAAGAAAAAGAAAGAAAAUAAGAAUGCAAGGAUAGAACAAAAGCCUGUUGUUGCAGGGGGAUCAGCCAUCAGUCUCAGUUUAAAUGCCCUUAUGGUGUGUGUGUGUGUGUCUCAAAACAGGUAGUGUAUUCAUAUUGUAAAUCAUCUCCAUUAUAUGUGUUAUGUUGACAUGUUUUCAGCAGUUGUACCCUGGGCUUCAAAUCAUCAAAUGGGUGCAAAGGGAGAUAUUUAAGGAAAAAACAAGCAGCAAGUCUGAAUAACGAGUCUCCAUCAAACAGGGUUGUAAGGCCACACAGCCAUCCACAUCUGCUUUUGUGUGUUUAUUCUGUUGUCUUGUAGUUGGUGUAUUGUUGAAAUUAAAAGGACUGAUAAGGAUAGGACUGAAAUAUCCAUAGUUUAAGGACUGAAUUGGUGAAACAAUGUUGGUAUAGUGCAGUAUGACCUUCCUAAGCUCCAGUAGCGUGCACCCACUUCCCAUAUGUGCUCUGCUCAGUUGUUUUUAUGUUUGUGAGUGGGGGAAGUCUGCAGCUUGAUUCUUGCUGGCCUUGAGAGAGGGAUAAAAAAAGGAAAAAAAAAAAAAAAAAAAAAAAAAGAGGACACCCCCAGUUCCCUCAAGGAGACUCUUCGCUCUCUGGUCUGUACCACACAAAAGAAAAGCUGGAGGGGGUAGAGGCUGCAGUGGGGGUUAUUCUUACAGCCAAAGGUCAAGCACGGCACAGACUAUCAGACCCAUUAUUGAGGUAAAUACCUUUAUUUCAGGGCCUUUAGCCUCGCUGGUUCCAGUUAAUCUCAGUGUGGAAAAUGCGUGGAAUUUUAUAAGCAUCCAGGCCUCACAAAUCAGUUAUGUUAUAUUCUAUGCUACAGACGUUUAGCGAUCCCCUGCUAUUGGAAAGAGAGCUAUAUAUAUGAUGUCUAAUUUUACUAUAUUUAUUUAUGAAGAGAUUGGUCUUUGUCAUUCCUAAAUGUGAUAGUUGUUUAAGUCAACGCCUGGCCCUUCUUCUUUUUUUCUGUUUUUUAAGAUGUCACUCUCCCUUUGCCCAUUUUAUUGGCUUUUUAUUUUGUACAAAAUCUAUAUAUUAAAAAAUGUACAAUAGUUUUUAAAAAUCUGAAAAGAAUAUCAGUUUUGUUGUCUUUCUUUUUUAAGAGAAUGUAUCUCAUCAUCUGGUGACUGUUA